AUGUUACGUGGCAUGGCUGUAGUUCCCCUGGUCGGCCCUUCCCGAAUGCCUGGGAGCAGCAUCGUCAGGAUUCCAGUGAUUUCUGUACUUCUCGCUUGGAUUCUUCACUAUUGCUUCACAGAAUGGAAUGCGUCUUGCGAAUCAUGCUCAUUUGUUUUCCAAGAUAUACAGCUGUGGCCAUCGAACAAUGUAUUCACAGGAACUGCUUCCCCGGAUUAUUGAUGGAUGCUCUUUUCCUACAAGAGAGGACACAAGAAGGUUCCGUUCUGAUGUAUCUGAAGCGCGUGUUGUUGGAUAGUGGUAUUGAUACGAGGACUUGGUUCUGCACUUAUUUAAAGCGGGAUAUGGUUAAAGACGGACACAUGGACAGGCUUAACGAGUACUUCAUAAAGAAAAUCUCUGCCAUUAUACCAUGCGAUCCGUCUCACCCGCUGGGUGACGAUGCUGUUUUGGAAACUCUCAUCGUUCUACGCGUCCUCGCUUCCUUGCGUGCCUUCGCCAACUACGUGUUCUCGGCGGAGUUGGCCUCAUUGCUCAUCACCCUACUCACCCAUAGAGUCCUUCCGAUUGGACGUGGCUCACAUUUCGUCACCUACGCACUGGCAUUCCUGAUUGGGUUGCGCCCUAGUCUUUCCACGUCGCAAGACACUCCUAUCCAUGCACAUUCUCCAUCCAACACUGAGUCCCGUAUUGUCUCAUGGUUGCACUCCUUAUUAGCCCAGCGAGAUGAACCUCACCUUCCGGUGUCCACGUCUGGUGGACAAACGGAUGCUCAGUCUAUUAUGUCGUUGGAUAGACCCUACAUUGAGCCGUUAUUAUUACUGGCAGUCCUUUUUCAUACUAAUCAACCUGGACCCAUCACGGAACUCAUUUCAACGUUGCUUGGGCUUCGGAUCCCCUCUCUGGGCAGAACUGUGAAUGCUUGGCGCAAAAUAUUUCUUCAGUCUGUGUUCACAGAACAGAUAAUCGCAAGUCAAGCUGCCCGACUUCCAGUCACACGAGCGUUGAACCGCACUUUUUCAGCUCACCUCCCUAUCCAGUGCAUCAUUCAGCUGCUCAAGUCCCAUGCUUUCUCGAAAUAUCAUUUGAAUAUCAAGGAUUGGAUAAUUGGUCAGCUUUCUGCAAGUGUUCGCCCUGUGCACCCACUCUUGCCAGAUUUGAUUGAGGCCCACGUCACACACUCUUUCAGUACAUCUAACCUAACUUCGCGAAAUGAACUCCCAUUCGUCAUCUCCGAAGCCGAGUUACUGGAUCAGUUCACCACAAAAGAAAAGUUCCUCUUUGCUGAGCUUUGCACUCCAACUACCCACUCUUUUGCCGAUGCCGAAUUGAAUUGUUUGUCCAGCCCCCCGGAUCCUGACUUAACUGCAACUUUGUUGUUCUUGUACUAUGCGCUCUUCGUUUACGAUUAUCAGUUUUCUACCCACCUGACUGCCAAUCGCCGCUCUUCAGCGGUUUCUUGCAUUUACUCUGACCAGCUUUGGGACCAAAUCCCUAUGAGUUAUCUUCUGCACCACGCACGACUCCACCUUGCUGAUUAUGCUCCACUCUAUCCACGCUUGCUACAACUUGUCACCAAUCACUUUCCCUACUUCACUGUUGGGGAGAUGAUGAUUCAAGACGAACUGCUUUUGGAUCCCACUUGGUUCCCUGAAGAGUCUGAACUCAUGGAGUCACUGCACCUGGAUGGCGGUUUAAACACUGUUCAGCCUGCAUGUACAUACGACAGUUCAGCAUUGUCAUACCAUUAUGUUGACGAAAUCCCAUGUAUAUGCACCCCAAGCGAUUUGAACGAAGCUUUCGAAACGCUCCUUGCUCACUUUUCUUCCUCCCGUGGGGACGUUCACAAUGUCCACUACCGCGUGGCCAGCAAGAAGCUGAUUUCGUUGCUCUAUCAGCUACGUCGAAGCAUUCGUUCUACUAAUGUGGACAACAUACUACCUCACGGCUCGGUUUUGGGGCGCCAAAGUGUGCGCUUGCUAUUGGUUGCCAACCGCCAUCCGCUGUUUACCCUGAACCGUCGCUUUGCCUCUGUUUUGGAAUACCUUUGGCGUCGCCUGCACCUUGUGAUGCCUCGGAAGCUUCAUUUAUUGGCUGUCAACACUUUCCGGGAAGCUCGCUUCGAUUAUCAUCGAUCGUCCUUCGUUAGCAACAUUGCUUCUUCCACUCCGCUGACUGGAUUGGACCUCCGCAUAGACCCGAUUGAGAAUCUGAUGUACGUAGUCGACAGCAGAGUUUUUAGAUGCCCUUCGCUGCUAUGCAUGUUUUUACGCAUUCUGGAAUCGAAUUUAAUUGCUUCCCGGUCAUAUUGGAGUCAUCGUUUGCUUGAGCGCUCGGUCCCCCCGGCCUCCAUGUCUUCGUUCAGAAAUGCCUCCACUACGCCUCAGAAUACGUCACCUACCGGUAGUCCUCUGGACGUUAACGGUCAAUCGGAGAAUAGGCUAGACUCUCCACUGGUUAAUUUCUCAAAUAUUACCUCAACUGUAGGCACGGUGACGAAUCCUCGUCCGACGCCUAUAAGCGAUGAGGAUUGUGAACGAUAUUGCGCGAACAUGUUGCUCACUCAAAAUGCUACGGUCGUGCAGCUACUGUUGGAACAUUGUUUACCUACUUCGGAGGAGGCGGGCUACAAUUCCGAGAUAAGUGUUCUCAGAGAAAUUCGAAAUAUCAUCUGCAGCUACAUCCACUACAUGUUCAUCGCUGAACCGGCGCUGGCCGAAGUCACUGUGUGGCAGACUUUUCCGCGCAGCUUGAUCCCAGUCAGUGCUCAAGCAAUACCUUCCUUGCAUAUAUGUCUGGAUCAUGUGACGGACGUGUUUCGACUCAGUGGUGACUACUCUAAAAUGAUAUUCUGUCUCGAUUUGGUCUCACAUUUGUCGCUGCACUACAACAUUCAGCCCGCUUUGGAACGGUCAGCAUUUAUGACCGAUUCGCUGUAUCAUUUACUGACAGCCGUAGUUCCGGCGGACGACCGCCCUGAUCUGCUUCACGCCUGUUUGCCCGCGUUCCUCCGCGUUGGCAGCACUUUCCCAAAUUUGGCACCCGUGAUUAUUCGCCUCAUUUUAACGGUGGGCAGUUUGAUAGCCAGUAGCCUACCUUACGAAAUCCGAACAUCCAUACAGUUUCCUUGUCCUGAAGAAAGUGAUGAUCCACCCACAGAAUGGACCGCGAACACGUACGAAAGUCCCUUGGCGCACCGUAGUGUGCUGUGUCUGAAACAUGCCUUAUGGACAUACACGAAGCUGAUUCAACGGAGUUCGGCACAGCGAUUUCUCUAUUAUUCCCCGCGCUCAAUAGUUCACUAACAUACUCGUGGAUUUCACAUUCAGAAUAGAUCAUGCGCAACAACCCGGUCUGAUAUUGAUAUAUAGAGUUCGAUCGCCAAAUUUCCAGAAUCAGUACCCCCUUAUCUCAUCAUCUGCUAUCCUUAGCCCCACCAGCACGGCGACCGCUGGAGAUGCGGGCUACAUUCUUCAGAUUGGAAGUUUACGCUGCACCAGAAAGCAGGAUACAUCAACCUUUUCGUUUCCUCAAGUGGUUUACACGCGCGUUAGCAGUGCACGCAGUAACUACGCGUUUCUCCAUCGCUGUUGUCCAGAACUUGUUUGUAGCACCUCCUGUUUGCAUAAGUCACAAAAUUAAUCCAGGGUUGGUGGGCGGUAAGGACUUGUGAGAUAGAGGCAAAUACCUUGGAAACAUGGGAUUCUCCAACUUAUUCGAAUAACCGAACUGUUGACCAAAUACUAGACCCAUGAACUUGUACAUUCGUAUGAUCACCCAAAUCUGUCUGGAGUGUGGAUGUCACGAAUCACAGUGUCAACCAGAUAAGACAUAUACCAUCGGCUAAAUAGAUUCUUUAACCGCUCCAUCUCAAUACUGCGGGG